AUGGAUAAUAACAACAACAACAACUGGAGAGGUAGAGGCAGGGGCCGUGGAAACUACAAUAACAAUAAUCGUAACAAUCGUGAUUACAACCAAGACUACAACAACAACGAUCAUGGUAACGCGUACGGUGGUAACCCAGGCAGCAUCUCCAUCACUGCUCGUCUUGGCCCUACCAAUGCGCCCAUCAAUGACCGAGUAGUUCACACAAACAACAGCAACCAACAGCAACACAGUUCAAGAGGCGGACGAGCAUUCUCGUCAAACAAUUAUAGAGGGCGAGGCAAUCGAGGCAACCGCAACAAUGGUGGUGGUGGCGCUCGAUUCAACAGCGAGUUUGUAGAGGAAGACAUCAGCAUGCAACCAAAUACCUCAGCUGGAAACAUUGUUACCAUCACUGGCUAUCCUCCAGGCUCUGAAGAAAAGGUGCUCGGUUUUAUCACCAGAAAAGCCAAGGCUGCCUGGGAGCCUCUCAACAUUCAAUACGAGACAAAGUCGAUGCAUAUCACUGUAGUGGAUGAGACAACUGCAGAAAGCCUUUGUAGAAUGAACAAUUUCAAUUUUGGCGCAGCUACUCUACACAUUACUCGCGGUGGACAAUCUGGAGGAGGAGCCGAUAGCAGGGCAGGUGGUGGUUUCAACAGAGGUGGUGGAGCGUCAGGUGGCGGCGGUGGAGCAGGCAAUUCUGCAAGAAAUACCAAUGCUGGGAGAUCUGCAGUGCUAGCCGAAUUUUUACAAGAGAGGUGGAACCCUCAAGCUGGAUUUUUAGACAUGGACGAACUACCACCCACCUCACACAACAUCAGUACAGUGAUAUCCCGAUUACUGAAUGAAGCUAGGUAUCUGUUUGGAGACAAUUUAAAAACGCUAUCAUUUGCUCGCAACAAACUGUGGUCUGUUGUGCCUUUGAACAAAGUGCCCGACAUGUUCCCCAACCUCCAAAACUUAUCCAUCGCAGACAACGAUAUUGCCGAGUUCCGAAGCUUAGAUAAACUCGCCAAUCGAUUACCCAACUUGCAGGAACUCAUGUUAUCAGGCAACCCUAUCCAAACCAACAACUCAUUGGAGCAAUACCAGCAAGAGGUGCUGAGACGAUUCCCUACCAUCCAGUUCUUGGAUGUCCAGCCUGUGAAUGGCGGUCAAACAGCCAGCCUAGUAUCGCAAUCAUCAGCAGAUCUACCUCUUCCUGUCAGAUCCCACUUUUUCGACAAUGACAAUUCGCGACUCGCUGCUCAAGAUUUGCUGUCAAAAUUCUUCCCCCUGUUUGACUCCAACAGAGGCUCUUUGAUAGACUUGUAUGAUGCCCAAGCCAUCUUUACAACAACAUUCAGUAACAGCGGUACAUAUCAGCAACAGAAUACCUGGGGAAGUGGCCAGAUUACACCUAGUCAGCGCAUGGUUGUGGGCAGUGAAAGCAUCAUUAAGCGAUUACUGCAAUUACCACCCACCGUGCACGAUUUAUCGAGCGCAGACAACUUUAUAACAGAUGCUUGGCAGACACCUGGAUCACAAAACCAUCCUGUGGUGUUGUUCUUGACUGUGCAUGGAGGAUUCAAUGAGGCAGGUUCCAGCACACCAUUGUCAUUUGAUCGCUCCUUUUUGGUGGCACCGUCUGCUCCUGGAUCAAGAGCUCAUACCGCUGGAUGGAGUUAUGUCAUACUGAAUGAUUCCUUGAUUGUCCGCAAUUUCUCAAACAAGCCGGCUUCGUUAGUUACAGUAUAA